UUUCUCCAGCUCAGACGCAUACCUAACCGUCUCUCUGUCUCUCUGCAGCAUCUGUCUUUUUCACUCCAAUCAACUAUCAAAGCAAUUAUCUUCCCUUUGCUAAUUUUAGUUUUUCUCUCAUUAAGAAAACACAAGGUGCAAAAGCUUGAGAAAGCCAAAGCAAGAAAACAGAGGUGGUUCGUAGCCCUGUAAGAUAAGAGAGAGAUCUGAAGAUAAAGUAAGGGAAGAAAGAAAAAUGAGUUUCAGGGAUGACAGUGAAGAUGGAAGGGGAGAUAUACGGAAACCAUUUUUACACACAGGGAGUUGGUACCGUAUGAGCUCAAGACAAUCUAGCAUGAUGGGCUCUUCUCAGGCCAUUCGUGAUAACUCUAUCUCUGUCGUUGCUUGCGUCUUGAUUGUCGCUUUGGGCCCCAUCCAAUUCGGUUUCACCUCUGGUUACUCUUCACCAACUCAAGCUUCAAUAAUGGCGGAUCUUGGACUCACAGUAUCCGAGUUCUCUUUAUUUGGUUCACUGUCAAAUGUGGGUGCUAUGGUUGGUGCUAUAGCCAGUGGUCAAAUUGCGGAGUAUAUUGGACGAAAAGGGUCUUUAAUGAUUGCUGCUAUUCCUAAUAUUAUUGGAUGGCUAGCUAUAUCCUUUGCCAAAGAUUCUUCAUUUCUAUAUAUGGGAAGGUUAUUGGAAGGUUUUGGUGUGGGAAUUAUCUCUUACACGGUGCCUGUGUACAUAGCAGAGAUAGCACCUCAAAACUUGAGAGGGGCGUUGGGUUCGGUGAAUCAGCUCUCUGUGACGAUUGGAAUCAUGCUUGCUUAUCUGCUUGGAUUGUUUGUUGAAUGGAGAAUACUUGCUGUUUUGGGGAUAUUGCCGUGUACAAUUUUGAUACCAGGCCUGUUCUUCAUUCCAGAAUCUCCUCGUUGGCUGGCUAAAAUGGGCAUGACAGAAGAUUUUGAAUCUUCGUUGCAAGUUCUUCGGGGUUUUGAUACUGAUAUAUCUGUUGAAGUGCAUGAAAUCAAGAGAGCUUUAGCAUCAACAAGUAGAAGGAAUACAAUCCGAUUUGCAGAGCUCAAGCGUAAACGAUAUUGGUUCCCUUUAACGGUUGGAAUUGGAUUACUUGUCCUGCAGCAGCUUAGUGGAAUUAAUGGCGUUCUAUUCUAUUCGAGUAACAUUUUUGCAACUGCUGGGAUUAAAAGUAGCAAUGUGGCUACAGUUGGGGUUGGUGCCAUUCAGGUGAUUGCAACUGCAGUUACAACAUGGUUGGUAGAUAGAACGGGUCGCCGGCUUCUGCUUAUAGUCUCCACUUCUGGGAUGACUAUCAGUCUCCUAAUUGUUGCUGUAUCGUUUUUUGUGAAGGGGUUUGUGCCGGAAGACUCUAGUUUGUAUAGCAUAUUGGGGAUCUUGUCAGUAGUUGGAGUUGUGGCCAUGGUAGCUACCUUCUCUUUGGGAAUGGGACCCAUCCCGUGGGUAAUAAUGUCGGAGAUUCUUCCGGUCAACAUUAAGAGCCUUGCUGGAAGUGUAGCAACACUAGCCAACUGGCUGAUCUCCUUUUUGGUCACAAUGACUGCAAAUUUGCUCUUGGAUUGGAGUACCGGAGGAACUUUUAUCAUUUACUCGGUCGUGAGUGCUUUUGCUGUGGUAUUUGUGAGUAUGUGGGUUCCUGAGACGAAAGGAAGAACAUUGGAGGAAAUUCAAACCUCCUUCAGAUGAGGUCUUCUUGGUUUUUGUUUGUAAGAAAUCAUUCUUUCUUUUUUCCAUUGAAAGAAGCCAAUCUUGGCAUUUCCCAUUUGUAUCAAUCUUGUUGAAUGUGCUGACAAAUACGAUAAAAAUUUUCCCAGCAGAAAAUGAAUUGAGUUAUAUGGUUAGUGAAA